AUAAGUUUGAUCGGCCUCAAUUUUUCAAGCUUUCUCAGUGCGCCUGAAUGGGGUGUUAUUGAUUUUGUAGAUAAAUAAAUUCACUUACUUCCUCCUGAUAUCCACGAAAGCUCUAAAACAAAGACGUAGCGCUACGAUACCGUUACAUGUGCAAAAAGUCAGACUCGAUGACAAUUGAGUUUGAUGACAUUCACCAGUCGUGAAGAGGCGUCAAGAGGCCCGGCACUUGGUUUGUUUAUCGACCCGCCCUGUAUCCACGCGGCGCGGCCUUGAAGUGGGUCUGGUCGGCCGGCUGGUGGUCAGAGGGGAGGGAUGUCUGGCACACCACUCUCGGAGGGGGCUCAGUGACCGCGGCCGAUCCGUCCGAGGUGGUCUUUGAGAGAGGAGAGUUCAGUCAGUGACACUGCAAGAACACAUAGCCAUGAAGCUAGUGCAGUGUUCGCACGGUGGUAAGGACCACCUCGGUCUGCUGUCAGCGGACGAAUCGACCGUGAAGCUUCUGACCGACCCGAAUCUCCCCAACUCGGCUGUAAGGCUGCUGCAGCUCGGACCACGCCAGCACGUCCUGGAGAUUCUCAAGGCUGCCGAAGCCACCGCCAAUGCUGUGCCACUGUCGGAGGUCAAGCUGCUAGCGCCGAUCACCUCUCCCGACAAAGUUCUCUGUAUCGGGAUGAACUACGUGGACCACUGCGCCGAGCAGAACAUGCCUGUGCCUACCGAGCCGGUGGUGUUCAACAAGUUUCCGAGCUGUAUCGUGGGCCCGUCGGACGCCAUCGGGCUGCCCUCUGCCGUGACCUCUCAGCUCGACUGGGAGGUGGAACUUGUCGUGGUCAUCGGACAGAAGUGCCGCGACGUGAGCCCCGAACAGGCAGACGACUACAUCUUCGGCUACACGGUGGCGCACGAUGUGUCCGCGCGCGACUGGCAGCUGCGCAGAAACGGCGGACAGUGGCUCGUCGGCAAGGCGAUGGACACGUUCUGUCCUCUAGGACCGUGUAUCACCACGGCGGACAGCCUGGACCCGGCUAAUCUCUCGCUCUGGUGCCGGGUGAACGGCGAGACCCAGCAGCAGGGCAGCACGGCGCAGCUAGUGUUCGACUGUCGCCAGGUGGUCUCACACCUCUCCCGCAGCGGCAUCACCCUGCUGCCCGGAGACGUCAUCCUCACCGGCACGCCGCCCGGGGUCGGCGUGUUCAGGAAGCCGCCCGUCUUCCUCAAACACGGAGAUGUGGUCGAAUGUGGCGUGGAGGGCAUCGGCACCAUCACCAACAAGGUGGUGGCCGUCUAGGGGGAUGGACGGCACUGGGGAGGAGUGGAAUGGAAAGGUUGUUAUGCUAUCAAUUUUGUGCUGUACAUAUUCACGCGAAUGUUUGGUGAGCCCGCUCUCAGUUUUUCCAUGUACGAUGUUUGACUUGACAGUUGACCAAUACAUUGUGAGGGGUA